AUGACGUCACCAGUCACUUCUCCCAUCUCCACGCUGGACGGCACCGUCCUGCAGAUCGUCCGCACUCUGAACUUCGAGAUCUCAGAGGCCGCGGCGCCCAGGGUCACGAACACCUUCCGCGUCGCUGAGAAUCCGGAGCCGUUGAAGGUCGCCGCCGCGUUCGAACGCGCGCGAGAGGCUGUCGGCCCCGUCAUUGCCGAGCUCCUCGAGUCCAUCCACCACCGGGAAGAUCCCAUCCCGAUAUACAUCUUCCAACCCCCGAGCCAGUCCGUCUUCGCUGGGGCUUACAGGGAACUCUGGCGCUCAGAGUCCCAGCGGGCCGUGGCCGAGUGGCGCCCUCGCGCGCGCAAGCAACUCGCCGAGCGUGUCGCGGACGGUGAACUGCUCACGCUCGCGCCGAGCGACGCGGUGCCGCGGCCCCCUGCGCUAUACGCCGCGCACGCGGGCCACGUCGACGCCGUCGUCCGCGCCGCGCUCGACCUGCAGCGCCUCGCGGCGGAAUACGAGCUGCAUGUGAUGAGGAUUGACGAGGCAUUCGACGGCGCCCGUAUAGAGGACAUCUACCACGGAGAGAUCGGCACCGCGGGCCCACCCGGGAAGGUCCCCGUCGGGGACCCCACAUGCGCGGAGGAAGACCGCGAUCGAGUCGGCAAGCUUUUUCUCGAAGUACUUGCGAAGGUCGUCCUCGGGUAUCUCGAGGUUGUGGAGGUCCCAAGUGGAACAGAGCCUGUAUGCAUGCACGACGAUGAUGCUCUCGACUCCGACUUGGACGAGGAUGGGAUCGUCUUUGUGACUGGUGACCCGCAUCACCUUGACCAAAGUAUCAGGGAGGAAAUGACGCUCCGUGAGCCACACUUGUGCGUCGGCGUCCCCCAACUCCCCCUCCUGGCAGCGUGUUUGAUAUGCGUCGGCGAUGGCGGCGGCGGCUUGGUCUGCGUGCGCGUUGAACGUGGUGACGAGGCGGACGAGGUCGCUGUCGGCGAUGUCGUCCGCCCUGUCGAGGGGCGCUUCAGCGGCAUGGAGAUCGGCGGUGCGUGUUUCCAGUCAUCCUACAUCAAGUUCGGGUCCCUGUCCUGCAACGAUCCCAAGGUGAAGAUUCGUCGCGGGCAGCUCACGCUACCAGGCGACAUCAUGCUCCGGUUCUUCCUGCCAGCGCUGGACUCCAUCGUCGCCGUCAUCAGGAAACAAGGUCAAGAGGCCAGUCGCCCUCUCGCCACAGUGUUCCUCGUAGGCGGGUUCGCGGCGAACCCCUGGCUGCACUCGGCACUCAAGGACCGUCUAGAAGCCCUUAAUACGAUGCUCUGUCGCCCCGAUUCACAUACAGACAAAGCCGUGGCAAACGGGGCGGUGUGCUAUUUCCUCGAGCACGUUGUUUCCGCCCGCGUCAUGAAGAUGACAUUCGGCACCGGGUACGCCCCAGCCUACAGCCCCCAAAACCCAGAGCAUCUCGCUCGCCGCGCCAAGACGUUCACCGAUAUUGCGGGAUGUCUCCGCAUUCCGGGCGGAUUCUCAUCGAUUUUGACCCAGGGUACUCGUGUACAUGAGACCAAAGAAUUCUCCAAAUCGUAUUCACUCAUUAAGCGCGACACGCGGAAUCUUGAUGCCAUUUCUGAACAGCUCUCAUGCUACCGCGGGCCGAUUAGCGACGUGCGCUGGGAAGACGUAGAUCGCGAGCUGUUCACACCGCUGUGCACGAUCCACGCGGACACAUCGAAAGUCGUGAGGCGGCCGGUUCAUGGACCGAAAGGCGUAUACUACGUUCUGGAUUUCGACAUCGUUCUGCUAUGCGGCCCCACCGAGCUUCAGGCGCAGAUCCGCUGGCGGGAAGAUGGAAAGGAGAGACGGGGUCCUGCACAGAUCGUCCACAACGAGUAG